GCGUUUUUUUUUUGUGUUGACCGCGUUGCGUCUGUACGGGUGUCCCGUGUUGCGUACACGCACCGCGUACGAAAGUGUGUGCGAUAGUGUGUGCGGCCGAUAAGCCGCCGAAACAAUAAACAUUUUUUUCUGCUUUCCCAUUUGGCAAAACGUCAACGCGGCACGAUUCAGAUACAAACACACGCGCUCUGUCUCGCUUUCACGCACUCGCUCUCUGUCUCUCUGCGUGUAGUUGUGAUCGAAUCGGUUUGGUUUGAUACUGUCCCCCAAAAGUGUAUCAGAAAAUGAGCUUGGUACCGCGGGUAUGCCUCGAGUGCUGUUGGAAGCCGAACUAAUUCCAAUUAAAGAUCUAUUUAUCUGGCUUUCUGGUACCACAUUUCAUCACCGGCAACCAAAAAAACAUGCGUGCGUUUUUGGCUUACGAUAAGGAAGUGGGAAACGAAGGCUAAACAAAGUCAGAUUAGAUAGGACGUAGGGCGCCCACCGAACCGCCGUACGCAAGGGCCAGAAUUCAGUCCAAAAAUGUUGUGCUGCGCUUUGGUAAUAUAGUUUUCAAGCUACAGAAAGAUUACAACGCCUUUACACGGGUUUUUAUGAGCAAAAGACUUUGAUUUGUUCUAAAGCGGGACCCCAUUAUCGUACUAUCGUAGGUGACAGCAUAACUGCAGCAUAAACGUUUAAUUAAAUUAGGCUCGCAUCGGCCCGGUGCGUGUACCAGCUUGCGUUGCGUGCGUGUACCACGUGACGCACAUACACGCACAUAUUUUUGUGCAUAUAAUCCCACUAGAUGUGCGUACGUGUUUGUGUUUGUAUAUGUAUCUGUGUGUGUGCAUGUGUCUGUAAGUGUAGCAGUUAUAAGAGCGGGAGUGUUUGUUUAGACGUAGCAAUAGGCAGCAAACAAGCAAACCAAAUCCCCCUGUACAGUGAGUGUCCAACGUUUCGGUGAAAAACGAAAAUCGCUUCCCCUGACUUUGCAGAAAGCCGGCCCCAAGAAACGUGACCCGAAACGUGAUAGGGGCAAAGAGGUGUGUGUAUGUGUGGUGGUUUAUAGAAAAGGUUCGAUGUUUGAUUGAAGUCAAACGAUACACAACCGUGCAACUUGCGGAUAAACAAUAGCUAAGCGCUGGCCAAGUGUUGUAACUAGCUUUAAACAAAGUUUCGAACGUGAGAAAGAGAGAGAAAAAAAGUAAGAAAACAUUAAGUUGCACUGUUGAAAUGUAAAAACGCACACCGAAAGCAAAACAAAGCACAGAAAUAAGAAAAAACGUGUGUAAAACAAAACAAAACAACAAAACAAAAGAAGGGAAAGAAGUUGAAAAGAGAAGAAAUAAUAGUAGAAGAAAUUUCCUUCACUAAAGCGUGCCUUGAGUGUUGCAAAUAAAAGCAAAAAAAAAAAGAGAAGAAGAAGUAAAGAGUGCAACAAAAAAUAAAGUGUAACCCGAAAGUGAAAGAAGAGUGUAAGCAGAAGGGAAAGAUAAAAGUUCCAGCAUAAAUUGAAUUCGAUGCAAAGGAAGUGUGUGCGUGAGUUUGAUUUUUUCCUGUUUCGGGGGCGCCACUCGUGUAGCGAUUGUGUAAAAGUAAAAAAGUAAGAAAAAAAUCGUAAGAAGGGAGCAAAGAGCAAGCAAGAAAAAAUCUAUCAAGAAAGCAAAGUGUGAGCAAAACCGGGCAGGUGAAAAUUGCGCUCGGUUCGUGUUUCCUUGUGAAGGUUGGUUUUUUUUCGCCUGUGUUCCGGCGUUCUGUGUUUGUGUGUGUGUGGUGCUGUGUGCGAGUCAGCACCAGGAAGAAUUUCCGUGCUGGACCUGCUCCUUCCGUAGCACGUUAUCCUGCGACCGGAGCGGAAAUGGCAUCGAUUCGAGCACAACCACCGCGACCGGUGCGGGCGAUGGCGUUGCUGUUGGUGAUUGCAUCGCUCCUGGCGACCAGUUGCACAGCCGAUGAAGCCGUUACAGAUCUCGAAACGCGCUGCCAGAACGUGCAAUGUUACAACGAUUGCCCAUCGGACAGCUACCUGCAGCACACGAUGGACGCGCAAAGCUACGCCAAAGACGACGAGCCGGAGCGAGCGAAGCGCGCAAUCGCCACCAACAACCAUGCCCACGGACCGAUCACGAUUGUCCCGAGUGCGAUGCAGUUCUUCUACACCAACCACCUGCAGGUACAGCAGCAGCUACGCCUCAAGCGUAACAUCGAUCCAACCGAGCUGAUCGACGCCGGUAUGGACUAUACCGCCGAGUCCGAUCUGCAAGAGCUUUGCUGCCCCCGGUGCAUCUGCCAACCGUGCCCGGAGAUUCCGAGCUGUCCGCCCAACUUCAAGCCCGUCGUUGACUUUCACGAACAUACCGGGCAACCAGGCAAUUGCUGUCCUUCGUUCCACUGCCAGCGGAAUCCGAUGUGCUAUUCCGAAACGAACCGUGCCUGGUACGUGGAGAACGAAACCUGGAGCGAACCACCGUGCACGGAGUGCAAAUGUUUGGCGGGCCAGAACCGAUGCGAGAUACCGGCCUGCAAACCGCUCAACUGUGAGCACCAGAUAAACCUACCGGACCGGUGCUGUCCGGUGUGCGAUCCGGCCAAGUCCAUCUUCUGCGAGGACCACAACUGUGAGGUGCAGUGCCGGAAUGGGUACGAACGGCGGGGCAAUUGUUCGCUGUGUAGCUGCGUGCAGGUGCCACCGCCCGUGCCGGUAACCGACGAGCCCACCGAGACACCGACACUGAUGGCAAACUUCACCGCGAUGGACACGACGGAAUCGGAGCUGUUCGACACCGGCAAAGAACGCACUGAUGAUGGAUUUUUCAGCAACUUGCCUACGCUCGGGUUCAUCAUUUUCGUCAUCAUUGUUGGGCUGAGCAUCUUCAUCAUCUACAGCCUGGUGUCGAUCGAGAGCGUCAAGAAGGGUCUGCAGAUGUGGUUCAGCUGCAACGAGAUUCCGCAGCGCAAGAGCGCGUACAACCGAGUGUCCAGCGUGGUGGUUCCCGUACCACCGUCGUCACCGCCGUCGCCGCCUGCUAAUGGGACAACCGCGAACAGUAUGGCCUAAGGGCAACCAGGUGUGAUGGUGAGAGGUGGUGGCUCUAAAUUAUCAUUUAAUUCGAUUUCAAUUUACUACCCUUGACAACAAUUUUGCUACUUGCAGCAAUUGCUUCACCGGUCAAACAAUUAUCAAUUCCUAAAACCUGUUUCUUUUGAUUUAAAAUAAUUUAAAAAUUUUAAACAAUUUUUCCAUAAAUUCCCUCAACCUUUUUGCAUGAGUUUCUUAAUUUGGAACUCCUCUUUCCAUAUUUUCUUUUUUUGCAAAAAAACGACCGAAAGUUGAUGCUCUAAAACUAGGCGAAAAACCGAGCAAAAAAUGAAGCAAACAACAACAACAAAACAAACAACCAUAAUUUGUGAUAGUAUUGAAAACAAAAAACGAAACAAAAAUUGUGAAGCAGAUAGUGUGCGUGCAGCAGCAGUACCUAAGCAGUCUUGCUGUGCGAAAGGGAAGCGAGAUAAACGAUAGGCGACAGGUGGACAAUGGAGGCGCCCGUCAACUGAAAACCACACACUGGCUAAUCCAUGUGGAUUGGGUUGGGAUCUCGAAAGAAUAAUUUAAGACGAUUGGACAGCAUAAUGAUAUUUGACGUUUGAAAGGAGGAAACGAAAAACGCAACGCUAGAAAGGCUAGACCCAUUAGACAUAUGCGCGAGAAAGGUUGAGAAGCGCGUCCUCGAAGGAAAAGAAGGAGGGCGAGAAAAGAGGAGUAGAUUUUAGAAACAAAAAAACACACAAACAACUGCUACGCUAAUCUUAAUGUAUACAACAACAAAAAAACAAAUACGUAUUCCUACGUUAGUUACUGUAUUUAGUGUUUAAUUACUGCAUAUUUAUUUAACGAAUCGGAAAACAAGCACACGUGCACACGAGUGUGUGGCCAAUUUCGUUUCCAUCGCAACGGUUUUUGUUUUUAUAUUAUUAAACACAAAGCAGGCCAUUUCUUGCAAAGCAACACAAAACGAGUGAUUCAAUUUGUGUUCCGUAUCUUUUCUACUUUUGUUGUCAACUUUUUUUGUUCCUUUACAGUACGUGUGUUUUGAAUGCCUUUUCUUUUUUUUUUCUUGUUUAUAGUAAAACGGAAAUUUUCUCCGUUUUCCGCGUGCGUUUGGAGGAAGAAGCAUUUCGAUGUUCCUCCCAAAACCUGGCGUACUGUAAGCUUGUAUUAUUUUGAAGACUUUAUAGAACGAAAAACGAACCACCAUAACCAUGUUUGUUUGUACGUGUUACACGUUUAGUAUUUUCCUCGAUUAGAAGGUUUUCAGAGUUUUUUUUUAAUUGUAAACUAAAAAACAAGCAAAAUAACUAGCACUUAAGGUGAGCAAGCCUGGUGGUGGAGCCUGGACCUGAACCCGGUGCUUCCGUUGUAAAGGAAGUGACCCCGGGCCCAGAAAUCACCGGUGGAAGGUGAUUUGAAUCAAAAGCUAAAUUUGCAAGAGAGCACAAAAAGUGACAGACGUGCGAUUGCAUAUAUGAGGAACAAGAAGAAGAUGAGGAAGAAAAUAUAGAGAAAAAACGCGCACACACACACAUACAGAAACAAACUAAGCGUUGCUGAACAUAUGAUAAAAUCAAUGCUUCCAGAAAUGAUACAAAAAAAGCUGCAGUAACAGUAAGUGAAACGUUUAGACGAAAAAGGAAAAUCAAUGCUGAGAAACACUAUAUAGCAGGAAACAAAACUAGCAAACCGAGGAAGGCAACAAAUCAAAGCAAAAGUUCCUGCCGGCUCCCGAAACCAGCGCCUGCUUGAUGUAAAAAUGAAGCUACCCGUUUCCCGCUGUCCCAAAUGGCAAGAUUUAGAGAGGGAAGCCCUCGAACAAACCCUCGAUCGCUGCAUAUCUUCUCCUAUCUCGACCAUGAAGUUAAUCAAAAGUGUAACCAGCCACCUCCAACCGAACUACUGGAAACGAAAGAGACCAGCAGCUGUUUGUAUGUACAACCCCCCAGACGUGUGGUACCGCUGACAUUUGCUGACUACACUUUGCUGCCUAAUAAAUGUGUCGCUUCUGCUUUAAAACCUCGUCUAACAACAACAUAAAAAACCCUCACCACCACCAAAAAUCAUCCUUCAUCCGUGUAGUGUGUUAGUGUGUAAUCGAACCGUUCAGCGGGCUACGUAUCAAACGCGCAUCGCACACCAUUUAUCGCACACCAUUUCAUAUCAUUCCGUUUUCCGUGUCCCUCUCUUCUCGUAUAAAUAUAUGUAUAUGUAUCUAUAAACGUAAACAUGCAACUGAAUUGCAUCCAAAAUUUAUCGCAAAAGAGACAUAAAAAAAACCAUCAAAACAUGUGUGUGAAGGAGAGAAGGAGAGAGAGAGAGAAAGAAGCGCGCGCAACAAAUAAUACGCAACUGUACAGAAAAAAAAACAAAUGCUCGUUACAACUAAAACAAACAAAAAACACAAGAAAACAACACUUGAUAAUUGGAAAAAAAAACCUUUAAAAGCUGUUACAGGUAAACUUUUUUUAUAUUUUAAUGGAAAAUGCAUUGGAUGGAAACCGAAGCCGGCUUGCAUUAUUUUAUCCCGAUUUUACACACUGGAUUGCAAAGUGAUCAAUUAUUGCGUUCUUUAAUUUAUUCUUUUAUAAUUCUGUUCAUCUCGCUUUUCUCUACCAUUUCCCCCUUCAUAUUGCUCAGUAUUGCUAUAAAACACUCAUUUUUUCUCCCUUUUAUAUCACUUUUAUACAUUUUUUUCUGUUUAACAAAAGUUUAAAUUCAACUUCUACAUAUUUAACCAAACCGGAGGCUUUGUUGCACAACAAAGAAACGAAACAAAAAAGAUGUAAAACUAAAAGGAGAAAGGAUUGGUGAUUGCAAAAUAAGAAAAUGUUACUCAUUUUUGGGGGGCCAAAAGCCCAAAUCCGAUGGAAACAAUAAAAGCAUCCCGAAGAACAAAAAACAACAGUAACAAAAAUGGCAAAUCAAAUUGUCUAAAUUUUUAUCUAAGUGUGUGUGUGUGCGUAAAUGCUAAAACAAAUGAACAGAAGGAAAAACACACACUCUACUAAAGGGUGCACAAGAAAUCCUCCAACCAGCAACAGUUGUAAAGGAAAGUGAACAAACACAACCACACGAAUGCAUAAAUCAAAGCAAAUCCUUGUUUUUCUUUUCCUUGUUUUCCACCACACUACAACAACAACAAUAAGACAACUAUGUGCGAUGGAACUGAUGCAGCAGCGUGACGUGAUGGAGCAAAAGAAAAAAAAAAAGAGGAAGACGAAAGCAAGAAAAAACGGUAGCAAAAUCGAACAUCGGUUUGAGAAUAUUAUUAUACCUAUUGUGAAUAGUUACGAUGAAGCGAAUGGAAGGGAGGUUAUGCAAUUUGUAAAAAGGAGUAUAAUAUACAGCUAGACAAAUAAGAAAUAUAUAAGCAUACGAAUUCGGAUGAAACUAAAUUACAAAAAAAAACGUA